CUGAUCUUGAGAGUCCAAACCGUAGCAUGUUCUUCUCUUCUUGCUUCGUAUAUCCUCCUCACCUUCCUUCGUCUCGUCUCCAGCUUCCUCCUCCUCGUCGCCUAGGGUUCCGAUCCGCAUCUCGCCGCCGUCGCCAUGGACGACUUCUUCGACGAGGACGGCGAGCAGCUCAUGGACCCGGACGCGCGGGACCUCUCGCCGGAGCCGCAGGCCCAGCCCUACGAAGACCUCGAGGACGAUCUCGGAGACGAAGACGGCGCCGGCGCCGGCUGGAACCGCGACCGCUCCCCGACCCCCGUGCACGGCGACGACGGGGCCGGGUCCUCUUCCAGGCCUCGGAAGCGCCUUCUGAAGAAGGGCGGCGGUGGCGUGCCGGGCGACGAUCUGGAGGAUUGGGGCGAGGAGGCGGCGGGGCUGGCGGAUGAGGGCUUGGAGGACCACGACGCCGACGCGGCCAGGAAGAGGAAGGGGUCGUCGAGCCUCAGGGACCUCGCGAGGGGCGGCGGCAAGGAAAAGCAUGAGAAGAAGAGGAGGAAGGAUGAUAGGGUGGUGGAGAGGGAGAGGAGGGGAUUGUCUUCCGGUGGGAAAGGCGGUGGUGCUGAUGAGCAGGAGGAAGGGGAGAGGGAGAUCCAGGAGCUCUGGGAUACCAUUGCUGGGGCCGGCUCAGAGGAUGACCAAGAAGGUGUUAGAACUGCAGAUGAUGAUAAUUUCAUUGAUGAUACCGGAGUUGACCCAGCUGACCGUUAUGACAAUGAUAACGGUGGCCACUCUCCUCGACAUUAUGCACAGGCAGAGGAAGCUGAAGAGGAUGAUGAAAUUGAGCGGCUCUUUAAGGGUGGUAAGAAGAAGAAGAAAAAUGAUCGACCGCGUGCAGAUAUUGGUCUUAUAGUUGAACAGUUCAUUGCUGAGUUUGAAGUAGCGUCUGAAGAAGAUGCGAACCUAAAUAGGCAAUCCAAACCGGCCAUUAACAAACUUAUGAAGCUUCCACUGCUUAUAGAGGUUCUUUCAAAGAAGAAUCUCCAGCAGGAAUUCCUUGAUCAUGGAAUACUCACUCUUCUGAAAAACUGGCUUGAACCUUUACCUGAUGGAAGCAUGCCAAAUAUGAAUAUUCGAACUGCUGUACUGAAGUUACUAUCUGAUUUUCCAAUUGAUUUGGAGCAAUUCGACAGAAGGGAGCAGCUCAAGAAAAGUGGCCUGGGAAAGGUUAUCAUGUUUUUGUCAAAAUCUGAUGAGGAGACUACUUCCAAUCGAAAAUUAGCCAAGGAACUAGUUGAUAAAUGGAGUCGACCAAUAUUCCAAAAGAGCACGAGGUUUGAGGAUAUGAGGAGAUAUGAUGAUGAAAGAGCUCCUUACCGGCGUCCUCAAAUGAAGAAGCCUUCUUCAAGUAGUUCUGGAAUGGAAUCCAGAGAUGAUGAUCUUGAUGCUGACUUCUCUCAGCGCAAGUCUGGGCAAAGUGGUUCUAGGCAGCACGCCUCUAGGCCAGAAGCAUCGCCCUUAGACUUCGUCAUUCGUCCACAGUCCAAAAUUGACCCCGAACAGAUACGGGCUCGUGCUAAGCAAGUUGUCCAAGACCAGCGCCGUCUGAAGAUGAACAAGAAACUGCAGCAGCUGAAAGCACCAAAGAAGAAAAAUCUGCAGGCAUCAAAGCUUAGUGUGGAAGGCCGCGGGAUGGUCAAGUACUUGUAAACUAUCCACUCCGACGGCCUUGCCCUGCAUGUAUGAGUCUGCAGCAGGCUGCUGAAGCAGUAUCAAGCACUGUACCACCACCGCCAUCGGUGGAUCAAAUUGCUUGGAUAAUCUUGGAUUGUUGAUCAAAUUUUUUCCAUAGCCUGGUGGGGUGCAUCGCUCAUGCUUCUGGAACUUCGGCAUUUUUACCACAGAUGCUCCUAUAGAUACCAUCACUAUGCAUGAUCAUAGUGUGUUUCAAGCGCGGAGAGUGAUGCCUCUAUACUGUAUAAAUGUUGAUGGAAUCUGAUCUGGCUAUAAGUUGAGUUCGGAUGUAUCUGGAAGGACGUGAUGCCUUGUUUAUGGAAUCUAAACAACAUUAGUGUGACAAACCAACAAUAAAUUGAGUAUGCGAAAUUAUGAUACAAUUUCUGUC